ACCCGCGCAUGCCCUCAUCUUUGUGAGAUUGAGGUGUUUAGCGAAGCAGCAGACGCGGAGUGGCCGCAUGAGCUGCUUGUUCACAUUUAAAUCGACUCUUUCAGACUCGUCCCGGUCGCCUUUUGCACCUGAAAUAGCGGCAGGAACCCCACCAUCUGUUCCUUGGACAUUUCCGUGCCUGUGUGUCGGAUUCACAUCGUUUCUUUCUACCGCUCCUUCUGCCGCCCCUAGAAGCGCGCUUGAGACAGGCUGCACACCCGCACCCGCGACAUCUUCCUGCUGCGCGCAAGACUUGCAACUGCUGCUCCUCGAAAAUACCGUCAGAUUUCUGCUGCAGCUGUCACCCGACGCCGCUGUCUUGCCU